UGAGCUUGGCCGAUUCGAUUCGGGAGAGAGAAAAGGACAAGCAACCCUUUCCACAUACACAUAGACCUACAAUACUCACUGCAAAAUAAAAAUACUACUGGAAUGCAGGAGAGGAAGACUCUUGAGUGAAAUCAAAUGGUCCCGUCACAAACAUUUGAGGAAGGGAAAUUGGCAGAAGUGGAAGGUGGUUGUCAAAGGCCACUUCCUGAUGGAGCUUAUGAAUGAUGCUCUGGAGAUUGUAAUGAUAAGCACCAGAGGACCAGAAUCAUCACCCAGCUCUUCAGCGAUGGCUGCCAUACGCAAAAAACUCGUGAUAGUUGGUGAUGGUGCUUGUGGGAAGACAUGUCUACUAAUUGUCUUCAGUAAAGAUCAGUUCCCUGAGGUGUACGUUCCAACAGUUUUUGAAAAUUAUGUAGCAGAUAUCGAAGUGGAUGGAAAGCAGGUUGAACUGGCUCUCUGGGAUACAGCAGGACAGGAAGAUUAUGAUCGACUUAGGCCUCUUUCCUAUCCAGAUACAGAUGUUAUUCUAAUGUGUUUUUCAAUUGAUAGCCCUGACAGUUUAGAAAACAUUCCAGAAAAGUGGACUCCAGAAGUGAAGCAUUUUUGUCCUAGUGUGCCCAUUAUCCUUGUUGGCAACAAAAAAGAUCUGAGGAAUGAUGAGCACACACGAAGAGAACUGGCAAAAAUGAAACAGGAACCCGUGAAACCUGAGGAAGGUAAAGAGAUGGUCACCAAGAUCUGUGCAUAUGGCUACAUGGAAUGUUCAGCAAAAACUAAAGAUGGUGUGAGAGAAGUUUUUGAAAUGGCCACACGGGCUGCCCUGCAAGCUAAGCGCCCAAGGCAUAAGGCGUUUUGCAGCGUUCUAUAAGACAAAUGCAAGACAAGUGCAUCCGACCAUAUAUUUACAGUCACUUGAUUUUAAAAAAAAUCUUGAAUUGAUGUUUGUUAAAUCUAGUACGAUAGUGUCUUGAUUAUACUGGGCUCUCAUUUUAUCUAUAUACUGUUCCUGACAUCUGAGUUUGCUACCAAUAUUUAAAAGCCAACAACGGUUGUUUUUUCCUAGUUAAGUGGUGUACUGAUGUUUAACUAUGGUCAUUUUUACAAUAUGCAUGUAUUCAUCUAAACUUUGGUUAAACAUUGCUAUAGCUUUUUAACUUAUCUACUUUACAUAAUUAACAGGUGCAGCCUUACUGGUAGGUAAAAAACCGCACUCAAUCAGCUUGUAUUUCUUGACACAGAACCAAACUAAGAAAUUAGUUUACCAUCACUGUUUAUAGAUGUAGCUUGAUUCAACUUUUGUACAAUUGGAUUUCUUAAUGCUAAUACUGUAAUUGAAAUUUUUAAAUGUAUUGGGUUAAAAAUAAUGCAAGUUGAAUUCCUUUAUGUAAAGGCUUGGUGAUCUCUGAAACAGAUGAUUGAUUUAAGCCAAAUUUGGCCGGGGUAGAAUGUAGAUGUUUGUGAGGGUGGGGAGGGGGGCAUUGGGUUGAUGUUCAGAGAAAUGAAUUCUGUCUCUGUACCAGGGUACUUGUGUCCUUACUGAUUAAAAAUGAGGUCCUGUUCAGCUUGUAAAACAGAGCUAGGCAGCCCUUCAAUAAAUGAAUGUAUGUGGUCAUCAGCACCAUCCAUUCAAUGCCUUCUAUUUAUCAUAUGUUGGUAUAUGCAAUGCUUGCCUUUUAUGCUUUUGUUUAACAUUGAAGAUACCUUUUGAGGUGCUGAAUGUGCCUCACCUGCAGUCCCCAGUCCCCUAGGUUUUUUUUUGCCUGUGUCAGUAAAUAGUUAUCAGCAAUACUAAUAGCAAAAUAAAAGUCAAUU